AGUAAAGCCGGCUCCAAACUUCUCAGCUGUUGACAGGCUUGACUUGCUGAGAACACUGGUUAAAUAUAGCACGCGCGAGCUCAGCUCCCCAACAAAGUCAUUGCUCUGACAGUGUUGAGAAGGGAGCAGAAGAAGAGAAACCUAAUCUCAGAACCCAACAACACCUAGCAACAGUUGAAAAAACUUUAAACAAAAGUCUGAGUGGGAGAUACACAACGACCUCCAAUUUCUGCUGAUCGGGAUUUCAGGGAGAAGAAGCAGCUUUCCCCCUUCUCUACUCAAUUUCCUGCAUGACUUCAGCUAUUGGCUAGUCCUACGAAAGAAAGUGGGAAAAGCUUUUUCCUCUGUAUUCCUUUGGGCUGGAUAGUUUUCCAGGACUCCAGUGUGUCUUGGGCUGUGGGACAAGCCACUGGGUUCUUCAAAGGAUAAGCUACCUCCAUAAAGGACAUACCCUUGGCUAAACGAGCUGCCGUCAGGUGGGAAUGAGAUCCCGAAAUCAAGGUAGUGAAAGUUCAUCAAACGGGCAUAUCUCCUGCCCCAAGUCCUCUAUCAUCAGCAAUGCUGAUGAUAAAAGUCUUUCAGAAGAUGCGAAAAAGAAGAACAAAUCAAAUAGGAAGGAGGAUGAUGUCAUGGCCUCAGGAACUGUCAAACGACACCUAAAACCAUCUGGAGAAAGUGAACGGAAGAAUAAGAAGCCUCUGGAGUUAUCCAAAGAAGACCUCAUCCAACUACUGAGUAUAAUGGAGGGGGAGCUGCAGGCCAGGGAAGAUGUGAUCCACAUGCUGAAGACAGAGAAAACCAAACCUGAGGUUCUGGAGGCUCAUUACGGGUCUGCGGAACCAGAGAAAGUGCUACGGGUCCUGCACAGAGAUGCCAUCCUUGCCCAGGAGAAGUCCAUAGGAGAAGAUGUCUAUGAGAAACCGAUUUCAGAGCUGGACAGACUUGAGGAAAAACAGAAAGAAACCUACCGGCGCAUGCUAGAGCAGCUACUUCUGGCGGAGAAGUGUCACAGGCGCACUGUGUAUGAGUUAGAGAACGAGAAGCAUAAACACACUGACUACAUGAACAAGAGUGACGACUUCACCAACCUGCUGGAGCAGGAGCGGGAGAGGUUGAAAAAGCUCCUUGAACAAGAAAAGGCUUACCAAGCCCGCAAAGAAAAGGAAAAUGCUAAACGGCUCAAUAAACUAAGAGAUGAGCUUGUCAAACUCAAGUCCUUUGCACUCAUGUUGGUGGAUGAAAGACAAAUGCAUAUUGAGCAACUUGGUCUGCAAAGCCAGAAGGUACAGGAUCUUACUCAAAAACUGAGGGAAGAAGAAGAAAAGCUGAAAGCCAUUACUUCCAAAUCCAAAGAAGACAGGCAGAAAUUGCUCAAGUUAGAAGUGGACUUUGAACACAAGGCUUCAAGGUUCUCUCAAGAGCAUGAAGAGAUGAAUGCUAAAUUGGCUAAUCAAGAGUCUCACAACAGACAACUUAGACUUAAGCUGGUUGGCUUAAGUCAAAGAAUUGAGGAGCUAGAAGAAACCAACAAAAAUCUUCAAAAGGCAGAGGAAGAACUUCAGGAAUUAAGAGAUAAAAUUGCCAAAGGGGAAUGUGGAAACUCCAGCCUCAUGGCAGAAGUGGAAAAUCUGCGAAAGCGUGUGUUGGAAAUGGAAGGUAAAGAUGAGGAGAUCACUAAAACUGAAUCCCAGUGUAGGGAAUUGAGGAAGAAGCUGCAAGAGGAAGAACACCACAGUAAGGAGCUCAAACUUGAGGUUGAGAAGUUACAGAAGAGAAUGUCUGAACUGGAGAAAUUGGAAGAAGCAUUUAGCAAGAGUAAAUCUGAAUGCACUCAGCUACAUUUAAAUCUGGAGAAAGAAAAGAACUUAACCAAAGAUCUGCUAAAUGAAUUGGAGGUGGUUAAGAGUCGAGUUAAAGAACUUGAAUGUUCUGAAAGUAGACUGGAAAAAGCUGAAUUAAGCCUAAAGGAUGAUCUUACAAAGUUGAAAUCAUUUACUGUGAUGCUGGUUGAUGAAAGGAAGAAUAUGAUGGAAAAAAUAAAGCAAGAAGAAAGGAAAGUGGAUGGUCUCAAUAAAAAUUUUAAGGUAGAGCAAGGAAAGGUUAUGGAUGUAACUGAAAAACUAAUUGAAGAAAGUAAAAAGCUUUUAAAACUGAAAUCUGAAAUGGAGGAAAAGGUAUAUAAUUUGACAAAAGAAAGAGAUGAGUUAAUAGGCAAACUGAAAAGUGAAGAAGAAAAAUCUUCUGAAUUAAGCUGCAAUGUUGAUUUAUUAAAGAAGAGACUUGAUGGUAUAGAGGAAGUAGAAAGAGAAAUAACAAGGGGAAGAUCUCGAAAAGGACCUGAACUCAUCUGCCCGGAAGAUAACAAGAUUAAAGAACUAACACUUGAAAUCGAGAGAUUGAAGAAACGUCUCCAACAGUUGGAGGUGGUCGAAGGGGAUUUGAUGAAGACAGAGGAUGAAUAUGAUCAGCUGGAGCAGAAAUUUAGAACUGAGCAGGAUAAGGCUAAUUUCCUUUCUCAACAGCUAGAAGAGAUAAAGCACCAAAUUGCCAAGAAUAAAGCAAUAGAGAAAGGUGAGGCUGUGAGCCAGGAAGCUGAGCUGAGACACAGAUUUCGGUUGGAAGAAGCGAAAAGUCGAGACUUAAAAGCCGAAGUCCAAGCUCUUAAAGAGAAGAUUCAUGAGCUAAUGAAUAAAGAAGAUCAGCUUUCUCAGCUCCAGGUGGAUUAUUCUGUCCUUCAACAAAGAUUUAUGGAAGAAGAAAAUAAGAACAAAAACAUGGGGCAGGAGGUCCUCAAUUUGACCAAAGAGUUGGAGCUUUCUAAGCGGUAUAGUAGAGCUCUCAGACCCAGUGUGAAUGGAAGAAGAAUGGUGGAUGUUCCUGUAACAUCGACAGGAGUACAGACUGAUGCCGUUGGCAGUGAAGCAGCAGAGGAGGAAACUCCUGCUGUGUUUAUACGGAAAUCCUUUCAAGAGGAAAAUCAUAUCAUGAGUAAUCUUCGACAGGUAGGAUUGAAAAAACCUAUGGAGCGAUCCUCUGUUCUAGACAGGUAUCCUCCAGCAGCAAAUGAGCUCACUAUGAGAAAGUCUUGGAUUCCAUGGAUGAGAAAAAGGGAAAAUGGGCCCACGAUCACUCAGGAGAAAGGGCCUCGAGCAAAUUCCAGUCCAGGGCACCCAGGAGAGCUAGUCCUUUCACCAAAGCAGGGUCAGCCUCUGCAUAUUCGAGUGACUCCAGACCAUGAGAACAGUACUGCCACUUUGGAGAUAACGAGCCCAACAUCUGAAGAAUUUUUUUCUAGCACCACUGUCAUUCCUACCUUAGGGAAUCAGAAACCAAGGAUAACAAUUAUUCCAUCACCAAAUGUAAUGUCUCAAAAAUCAAAAAGUGGAGAUACUACUCUUGGUACAGAACGAGCCAUGUCUCCAGUCACAAUUACUACAUUUUCCAGAGAGAAGACCCCAGAUAGUGGAAGAGGUGCAUUUGCAGACAGACCCACAUCCCCCAUUCAGAUAAUGACAGUGUCUACAUCAGCAGCACCAGCCGAGAUAGCUGUCUCUCCUGAAUCCCAGGAAAUGCCCAUGGGAAGGACUGUCCUCAAAGUCACCCCAGAAAAACAAACUGUUCCAACACCAGUAAGGAAAUACAACUCCAAUGCCAAUAUCAUAACCACGGAAGACAAUAAAAUUCACAUUCACUUAGGUUCUCAGUUUAAACGAUCUCCUGGGACUUCAGCUGAAGGAGCAAGUCCUGUUAUUACUGUCCGGCCAGUCAACGUGACAACUGAAAAAGAAGUUUCCACUGGCACUGUCCUUCGCUCUCCCAGGAACCAUCUUUCAUCACGGCCUGGUGCGAGCAAAGUGACAAGCACUAUCACCAUUACACCAGUCACAACUUCAUCCACUCGAGGAACCCAGUCAGUGUCAGGACAAGAAGGGUCAUCCCAGCGGCCUACACCCACCCGCAUUCCUAUGUCAAAAGGUAUGAAAGCAGGAAAACCAGUAGUGGCAGCUCCAGGAGCAGGAAAUCUGACCAAAUUCGAGCCUCGAGCUGAGUCUCAGUCUAUGAAAAUAGAGCUGAAGAAAUCUGCAGCCGGCAGCACUACCUCUCUUGGAGGGGGGAAGGGCUGAGGGCAGUGGCUAAGGGGGUAUGUUGUGCAGAUGCUACUGCUGCCGUGAAAACGAACCUUCGUCUGUUAGUGCCAACUCUUUACAUGUACUAAUUUAAGGUUUCAAUAGCUCGUUUAUAAAAUAACCAACUAAUAACCAUGUGUCUUUUCUAAUCUGUACAUUUGUUUCGAUACUAGGGAAUAGAACUAAUUGGCAAAAAUACUGUUUGCAGUGUGGUUUUUUAAGGACACUGGGCCUGAGGCAGGACCUGGCUUCUAGCCCAAGUUUUGCUUCUAGACAAGUGGACACAUCAAUCAGUUAACCCACCUGAGCCUCAGUUCCUUCAUCAGUAAAAUGCUGGAUCACAAGAUCUCCAAGGCUGGCUCCCAUAGUUCUUAAAUGUAAUCCAAAUUUAAAAGCCUUGUUCUACAAAUUUUUUUUUUUCAAAAAUGCUAUUAUGAAAUAGGAAAUAGUUUUAACAGUUGUCAUUUGCCUCUAUCAAGUCCUGAAUUUGCUUCACGUGCUGGAAAAAACAUCUCAUGGCUAUCACAGGGUCUGGACUUCUAAAUUUUUCAAAAACAAAAGCCUCCAAGAUGAUUUCAGGAAAUAAGUUCAACAUGAAAUAAAAUGGAAAUGAAAUAUGGAAUCCCCAAAACAGAGUUUUACUUAUUUGUGUGUGUGUGUUGUAAAAAUUUUGGCUGCCUCCACAAGAUUCCCAGAAUUUCAUAGACAAUAAUUUGAGAACCAUUAAUGUCAGACUCACACUCUAUUCAAGUGUGCAACUGAUUUAAAUUGUGGGGCAGUUUGAAUAGAGCUGCCAAAUGGCCCUUUUAGCUCAACAGAGAUUGUAAUGGAUAGCAAAUAGCAGAAAGUAAAUUCUCAGACAUUAAUGCCAGGGAGGAGGGGGCGCGGGGAAUGACAUCGUAAAUAUCUUAAUUGAAUUCAAAUAUUAUCCUCACUCAAGUGUGGACUUAACUUGCAAAUGUAGAACCAGCUCAUGAUUUGGGAUGUGUGUAUCUGUGUGUGUGUUUGAGUGUGGUGUGAAGAAGUGAUUAUUCCUGUCAGUUUUCCUUGUUUGUAUCAUUUUCAUUAAUUUUAAGCAUGCUUUUUAAUAAGCAUGAAACAGGGUGAAUGCAAAAUGCCAGGUGUCUUUGUAAGGAGAUUAACCAUGUUAAAGUGAAAAUUGUGCUUCUUAGUCAAAUAACCACAAAUGAGCUCAAGGCUAAUAACCCGCAGCUUAGCAUACAAGGUCUCAUGUCAGCAGCACCUUUGUCCAGUUUUUUGAGUCUAUUGGGUGAAAUUUACGAAAAUGCAAUUAACUACAAAGUUACAGAUUUUUUUUGUUUUUCCAUUUCUGAAUUGUGAGGGUCCUAACAUUAUUUGGAUAGUAUCUGUUCUUGAUAUGUAUAAACGGGCAGGUUAAAAAAAAAAAAAAAAGGUGUGAUCAGUGUUUAUCAUCAUACUUCAUGAUAAAGAAGCCCUUCUCUAAGUUUAUUUCCAAUCAGAUUUCCUAUUCCUUGCAGAACUUGGACUCCAAUGGUGGUAGAUGCCUCACAGUAUUUGUACUCACUUUAAGCAGAUCUCUGUUACCUAUUGCUCAUCAGUUCUCAGCAUAUGUAAUAAAAAAUGUUGAGCAACCAUGUUGCUAAAGACACGCCAUAAUAAUGGGAUUUUGUGGUAGAAGGAGAGAGAGAGAGAGACCAGGAAAAUAGGUUGUUUAUGAAGUAAGAUUUCAAACAAGUUUAAACAAGAGAUUUUGCCAUUUAGAAUACCAACUUGUAUUUGAUUAAAAGGGAAAAAAAUCCCUUUGGUAAAGUGGAUGGCCAACCCUUUCAAAACAAGGACAUUCAAGUAUUCAAUGUUACUGCACCAUAACAUACUGAAUUUGAGCAAAUGAGGGUGUCAAAGAGCCAAACAUUCCAUUCCUUUUGACUCUACCUGCCAUUCUGCAGUGAUUUUUAUCAUAAUGUUAUUACCACUUGCUGUUUUUGCUCACAUCAUCUUACAUGGUUUCCUCCUGAAGUCCGUACCAUCAACAGGGAAAGUGCUCCGACAGACAUAACAGUGCAUGUACAGGAUGUUUAUACAUCUGGACCUUGGAACAGA